UCUCAGAGAAUCUGCACAUGUUGAGAACAAGAAGGAGACUUCCCUGGGCUGCUGUGGCUGUAUAAAGACAGACCUGAGCUUCUUUCUUUCUUUCAUCCCUGCUCGGCUCAACACUUACUUCUACGGAAGGAGGAUUGGUCCUUCCAGAAAGCAAGAGAAGAGCGCUUUCCACACCAGAAGAACCAACCGCUGCUACUACUUGUCUGCCAUGCAGCAGAACCUGAAUUAUCUUUACCCUCAAAUCUAUUGCGUGGACAGCAAUGCCAGCCCUUCCUGUGCUCCUCCACUGACAGCUCUUCCCUGUCCACCUCCCAUGCCUGGAAGGGCUGGUCUGAGGAGGCCACCGCCACCGCCGCCGCCGCCACCACCACCACUGUCACAUGCACCCCCUCCGCCCCUGCCUCUUCUACCCUGCUCAUCUCUAAAGAAGAGGACUAAUAACACAAGUCUCUAUCUUCUUCUGAUCUUUUUUAUGGUUCUGGUGGCCCUGGCUGGACUGGGAAUGGGACUGUUUCAGCUCUUCCACCUACAGAAGGAGUUAGCCACACUCAGAGAGUCUACCAGCAGUGGGCAGGUAGUUGCAUCUCCUGAGCAGCAAAUAGGUUAUCGCAACACAUUUGAAAAGAAGGAACUAAAGAAAGCAGCCCAUCUAACAGGCAAGCCUAAAUCACAAGGCAUCCCACUCGAAUGGGAAGACACCUAUGGAAUCACCCUUGUUUCCGGAGUCAAAUACAAGAACCGGGCGCUGGUGAUCAAUGACACUGGCCUUUACUUUGUCUACUCGAAGGUGUACUUCAGGGGCAAGCUGUGUGACAACCAGCCCCUGGAACACAUACUUUAUAAAAGGAACCCCAACUAUCCCCAACCAUUGGUACUGAUGGAAGAAAGAAAGAUGAACUACUGUACCAGCAGGCAGAUGUGGGCCCAAAGCAGCUAUCUGGGUGCUGUGUUCAACCUCACCAGUGCCGACAGCUUGUAUGUCAAUGUCUCUGCAUUUUCACUGGUCAGUUUUGAGGAAUCCAAGACAUUUUUUGGCUUAUAUAAACUCUAAGGCAACGCUAAAUAAAAGGGGAUGGGGACUGCUUCAUGAUGGUGUCCAGUCCAUUAUAACGCUGAGGAUAUUGCCUUGAUAAGGAGCUCCAUGAGUUUUGGGAGCCAGCCUGGAGUCAAGGGAAGACACACAAACCACAAGGAUCCAAGGACCAUGAGAAUGUUGGGUCUGUUGUUUCUUUACCUCAUACAAGGUCCAUGAGCCAAUGAAGGCCAUUGGAGGUGGGCGAGGGUGGGGAAGCAAGUGGCAGCAGCCAAGAUUAUACUGAAAAGUCUUGGUUGUCUUUUGGCUUUUAAACUUGUAAAGAGCACCUUUUAAACUUAUCUUUCAUGGAUAUGUUUACUACCUCAGGAGAAGCUGGUUCUCAACUGAAUAUUCCUGAAUGUGAAUGGCAAGGAAUGGGUGGUGUGUGUGUCUGUGUGUGUGUGUGUGUGUGUGUGUGUGUGUGUGUGUGUGUGUGCAGGUAUGCAUAUAUGCAUGUGAAAGAGUCCCUGCCUUAUUAGAGGAUCUACAUUUCUAGAUUUAUUUCCAGGAGCAUAGGUUUUUCCUUGACAGGGAGGACAAUGAUUUUCCUGUGUGAAGAACCACCUUUCAUUCCACAUACAAAGGAUGUCAGUGCAAUUGUUGUUGUGUGUUUACAAGUGUGUGUGCCAAUUCCAGCACUAUGAAGAUUCAUUUUCUCCCAUGAAUAUUUACCUGGGUUUUCUCUAAGCAGAGAGAUAUCUGAGGAUUCUGAGUUCUGAUACAUUCUUAUCAGAAAAAUUUGGGAAAGAUUAAGUGGUGAAUCUUGAAGUUUCUGAAGGAACUAACUUUAUUAGGUGUUUACGACACAACGAUGUUUUGUGGUCCUCAGAAAGUUCUAAUUAAUGUAAGCUAUUUGUUCUGUGUCCACAAUAUUUAUAUACAAUAUGUGCAUAUUUUUCUA